UAGAGCAGACCCGGGAAUUUAACGGUAUUUCGGAUAUAUUGUGGUUUCGGGUGUACAUGCAUCUCUGUGCAAUGAUCGAGAUAUGCUCCUCAACAUGGAACAACUUUAUUUACAAUCCACAGUGUGAGUUCUUUCAGAAAUGACAGAAAUCCCAAACAAACAUAAAGUGAGAUGUUACUUCAUCUUCAGUCUGUGAGGAACAACUGUCAGUGGUGAGGAAACUCUUGGAAUCUGAGAGUCUCCAGGGAACGUUGCACUGGGAUCCAUUCAAACUGGCUGCAGCUGGGAUGUUUGCUGCCGGGAUGCUGCAGCAAAGCAGCGGAGGACUGAACAAGCGAUCGCUGGGAAUGGCACGGCUUCCCAACUCCCACUUUUUCCCCCUCUCUUCGGGCUCAGGGUCGUGGGGUUUGGGCCGAUCGGCGAAGAGCGGCUCUCUGAGCUCUGUCAGCUCAGGGUCGGACAGCAUGGACAUGGCAGGUGCCGAUCCUGACUGCAUUAUGCAGCUGGUCAAUGAUGUGCGGAGGUUUGCAGAUGCGCUGCUCCACCUCAAGGAAGCUUUUAACACCAAAGAUCACCAGGACUGUAUGCACCAGGUGGUUCACGAGCGUCUGGGAGAGCUGUUGCGUGUAUUAAAAGCUGUGAUUUCCAAGCAUCACUCCCUGAAUUCAGUGGAGAUCCUCAGUGCGGCCGGGACCCUCAUCGCAAAGGUCAAAGGUGUGAACUUCAAGGAAGUGAAUGAAGACAAUAAGCAGACUCUCUUUUCUGAGAUCUACACUUCCAUAGAUACAUUGGCCUUCACGUUUGGCAAUGUAGUGUCUGACUUCCUUAUGGGAGAUGUGGAGAACGUCUCAGCCUCGGGGCUUUCUCAGGGCCGCAGGAGCAGGUCUUUUGAAAACCUGACGGUGGAGUCCAGUGGAUGUGGACCGGAAAAAGAUGACCCUCCAGGUCCCUCUCCUCCCGCGCGGGUGGAGGAGAUGGACGGAGUUUUGCUCUGUAGUGACAGCGGGGUGGAGUCGGCCCUGCUCUAUGCCAAAGCCUGGUCAAAAUAUACCAAGGAACUCCUGGCCUGGGUGGACAAACGUCUUAAUAUGGACAUUGAGUGUGCUAAGAGCUACGCCAAGAUGGCUGAAUCUGCAAAGACGCUGGCGUCUCAACAGGAGCACAUGCCAUUCCGGGAUAUUUACAUCUCUGCCUUCAAGAACGAUAUCGAAUACAGCCAGUUGAUCAUGCAAACCACAUCUGCUCUACAGUCCAACAAAUUCAUGCAGCCUCUGCAAGCUCGAAAGAAUGAGCUAGAUAAGUUGAGGAAGGAGGUGAAGGAACAAUGGCAGAGAGAGCAGAAGAAAAUGCAUGAAGCAGACAGUGCGCUGAAGAAGGCCUGGCUCCUGCAGACACAGAGGCAGGAAGAGUACGAGAAAGCCCGCUGCUCCACCAGUCGAGUGGAGGAGGAACAGAUCGGAAUGGCGGGAGGAAAACAGCUGGAGAAGAGACGCAAACUGGAGGAGGAGGCUCUGCAGAAGGCAGAGGAAGCCCAAGAACAUUAUAAGCAGUGCAUCACAGAUGUCGGGGUGAAGAGAAUGGACCUGGCCAACACCAAGAGCGAGAUACUUACUCAGAUUCGAGAGCUUGUGUUUCAGUGCGACCUGACCCUGAAAGCAAUGACGGUCAACUGGUUUCAGAUGCAGCAGGUGCAGGUGGUUUCCCUGCCUGUGAAUUUCCAGUCGCUAUGUGAGAACGCUAAACUGUAUGAACCGGGUCUGUGUUACACUGAAUUUGUGAAGAGUCUUCCCUCUGGCAGGACCAGGGUGGAAUCGUUCUCCUUUGACAUCUCUGGGACACAGAACACUGGGUUGCCUCUCUCAAAAAGAGUGAUAAAUAGCGGUCACUCAACCCAAGUUCACUUGUCCCAGGUGUCUCUCACACCUGGAGACUUCCUGAGCGCAGACGAGGUGGAGAGUCACGUCCAAGCACGCACCGGAAAGAUGACAGACGGACGCUCCAACAGCAGCACAGAUAUUCAAGCCCUGAGGAUCCAGGGUCCGUUCCGGGUCUGGAGGACCAACAGUCAGGGUGGAGGCAUGUGCAGUGACUCUGAGAGCGCUGGAGGAAGCAGUGAAUCUCGCUCUAUGGACUCCCCUACGGCAAGCCCAGGUGAUUUUAAGAGAAGGCUUCCCAGAACCCCAUCUACAGGCACCAUGUCUUCAGCAGAUGAUCUGGAUGAGAGAGAACCACCAUCUCCUUCAGAUAAUGGUCUGAGCGAAAUGUUAACGGAGGCAGCCAGCUCUCCUGGACCCUUCCGCAACACACAGAUGUCUAAAGCGGCACAGACGCACAAGCUGAGGAAGCUCCGUGCACCAUCAAAGUGCAGGGAGUGUGAUAGUCUUGUGGUAUUUCACGGUGCUGAAUGCGAGGAAUGUUCUCUUGCUUGUCAUAAGAAGUGUUUGGAGACUCUUGCCAUUCAGUGUGGGCACAAAAAGCUACAGGGAAAACUGCAUCUGUUUGCUAUUGACUUUGCUCAGGCAGCCAAGAACAGUCCUGAUGGAAUCCCCUUCAUCAUUAAAAAAUGCACCUCGGAGAUCGAAAACAGGGCUCUGAACAUCAAGGGAAUUUACCGUGUUAACGGUGCCAAAUCUCGGGUGGAGAAGCUUUGUCAGGCCUUCGAGAACGGCAAAGACCUGGUUGAGCUUUCGGAUCUCUACCCUCACGAUAUCAGCAACGUCCUCAAACUCUACCUACGACAGCUCCCAGAGCCCCUGAUUCUUUUCCGAUUCUAUAACGACUUCAUCGGAUUGGCCAAAGAGAGUCAGAGUAUCAUUGUUGAUGAGGUAGAGGCGUCAAGAGGAAACCCCACCCCCGACAGCUCGCAGAUCAGCGUAGAGCUCAAGCGCGUCCUCUUCAAGAUCAAAGACCUGCUGCGUCAGCUUUCUUCAGCCCACUACAAAACCCUGCAGUUCCUUAUUCAGCACUUGCACAGGGUGUCAGAAAGAGCAGAUGAAAACAAGAUGACUGCCAGUAAUCUGGGCAUCAUUUUUGGGCCCACACUGAUCAAGCCCAGACAGGCCGAUGCAGAGAUCUCCCUGUCCUCUCUGGUGGACUACCCCUACCAGGCCCUGAUCGUGGAGCUUUUGAUCCGCCAUUAUGAGAUGUUCUUCGAUACUCCUCUGAGUCCUCUUCCACCUUCCUCCCCUGUAGCAGAGAGCUCUCCACUCCCUAUCAAAUCACGCUUCACCCCACAGGAGAAGGAGCAACAGCUUAGCCGACAUUCAAAGUCCCUGGUGGACAUUAAAGAGCAGCCAAAAGCUAAGAUGUAUAAAAGACAUUCCUCCGUAAUACCUUCUACACACCUGAUGGAUGAGGUGAAAGAGGGUAAGAUAAGGUCUGACAAAGACUUCGCUGCAGUUGAUGAUACAGUGGACAUCAACAAGCUCCUAUCGUCAAGCGUUCCUGAAAUGCGAAACUCGCCCGGUCUCAGUCGCCGUAACCACAUCACCAGAGUUCAACUUCGGCCUCCGAGACCCAAGCUGACCUCUCGACCGAUCAGCAUGCCAGCCGAGCGACUCCUCAACCUCGCCAAGGUGGACGGAUGUAACGUAAAGAACGCUGUGGAGCAGGAUGACAACCACGGUCGAGAUCCUGUAAUCGAGAAGGUGUCCGAAGAGGAGAAGCCCAAGUCCAGAGCGGGAAACCAUUACAGGAAAUCUUACAUCGAUACGCAGACACUAAGGCGGACUUGGGACAAGCAAUAUAAGCAUCAUGACAUCACUCCGAAGACCUUCGUGAUUACGACCAACUGUCCUUCUGAUUCCGGGACCAACGAUGCCAGCGUUCAUACUACUUCUCUUACGUCUUCGUCUUUCUCAGAACACACCAAAACCCCCAACACUGUUCUUGCUAACAGACCCUACACCAUUGCUGUGAGGCCUGGACGGACUUUACGUAGGGAAGGAAAAGUUAGCGAGUACUGCCCCGUUCCCACAGCCUUCAGGCCUCCCAGAACUCUGCAACCUCCUCCUGGAACGUUCUACAAACCUCCAGGUAGCCGAACCAAAUCAUUAACAGAGGUUGAGCUUAAGACUAGUAGAGCAACUGCAAACAGCACUGAGGAAGAAGAGGAGGAUGAGGAGGAGGAGGAGGAGGAAGGGUUUGGGGUGGAAGUCUCAGUUGAUGAGCCUGAGCCAGAUUUGGACCCAGAACCAUCACCAGAGCCGGAUGCCCACAAUACGGACCCACUUCCGCUCCCCCAGUCUCCCAGCUCCAGUUCGGAGGAGCUCGGACAAAACGAGACCAAACCAGUGUACCAGAGACUCAGAUCGCGCCGCAUGCAGGAUCUUGAACACAGGGAGGCUCAUUUUGUUUGAGAGUUGAACACGUACAAUUCUGGAGCUUUUGGUGAAUGGGGAGCAACCACAAAUUGGAUCCAGGGGGCCUGCUUGUUUUGUCUCAGGCCCGUGAUUUUUAGUGACGGCCCCAUUUUGUAUAUGUGGAAAUAUGUUUCCAUAACUGUGAAGAGAUCCAAGGAUGUGUUAUAUAUCUAUCUAUUAAUAUAUUCUGCAUCUGCUGUUUGUAAUAAUCAAACAAACCCCUUGGACAAGAAUUUACACAGUAUGCACUUAAUGUUUUUUUACUUUAUCACAUCACUUAUGCACCAAUGCAAGGUCAAAACAACCCAUUUUUACAUUGUAACUCCAGAAUGUCACUGUCACUGUGCAAUUUCAAUUACACUGUAUAUGGAUUUGUUGUUUAAAAAAAAAUAUAUAAAAUAUAUAUAUAUUCUGUGUAUUUCUGUAUUUUUAUGUUUUACACCAAAACCAAAUUGACCAAGCUGUUACAGUUGAGCAUGGUCACUUUAUUAUAAUCAUAAAAUGCACUUAUUAGACUUUGGAACCGAAUUGAAUU